AUGGCGGCGUUACGACGCGUUGGACUGUGCAGAUGCUUAUCACUAGUGCGGUCUGCACAACCAUCAUUAGCUACUAGUAGUUGUCUUUCUUCCAGGAAUGAGGUACCAGAAUUAGGUGGUCAAACCUCACCUAUUGGAUUUGUUUAUCAACACAGGACAAGAGGGGAUUUCUGUCCACAAAGAAAACAUGGAGUCAAACUAAUGCAGUUGAGAUCUUUUUCUACCAAAGAAAAUGAUAGUUCUGACUCAAACAAAAGAGUUCUGUAUUCACUAAUCAGCAUCAAAUACAAGGGCAGUGACGAAGCUGUACUAAAGAGCUACACUAAAUUUAUCACACUAGCUGCUUCACAUCUGGACAUUGAUAUAUCUGACCUGAUUUUACUUCCCACGUCAAUUGAAAGACACACAGUUUUAAAAUCUCCACACAUUUACAAGAAACACAGAGCACAGUAUGAGGUGCGGACACAUGCGCGGAUGUUACAGGUUAGGAAUGUGACCCGUGAAACAGCAGAUGUGCUACUUGAGUAUAUUCAGCGGAACAUACCUGAAGGAGUCAGUAUGAGUGUGGAACAAACUGAACUGGAAUCAAUGCCACAAUACUUUGAACUUCCUCCUCAAGCACAAGAGUACUUAAACCAAAAUAAAGACUGAAAGAAUAGCAAAAAUAACAACCAAGAAAGAUAAAUCGCGCCAUUGACAGAAGGCAGUCAAUACUGCUUAGCCAGUUAUGAGGCCCAAGUCUGCAUGUGUGAUCUAUCAAAUGUACCAUCAUGGAUUACUGGUUUCAAUGGCGCUUUGCCGCGAUUUAUUUCUGGUCUUCGCGAUUUUCGAUCACCGUCAAGACUAAUAUGUCUCUUACUUCACAGGCAAUUUAAAGUACAAUAUCUGAAAAAUAACAUUAAAAUAAAAAGAUAACCUGUGGUGAAAGAGUUUUAUUCCCAAACAUGUUGUCCAACAUUGAGAUCA